UUUCUCUCCUUGUCUACUUUAGUCGAAUGAGGAGACUCGAGAACAGAAUGGGACAGACCCUGAUACUUUAACUAAAGCCAACGUGGAAAUGAACAAGGUGCAACCCACUAGAGUGAAGGAGCCGAGAGCAGGCCACACUGCCUCUUCACAGGAACACCAACCAGUGGCUGUGGGUCUCGCUCACCAGCCCAUCACCGCCGUCACCAAAUCCGGAGAGAAAUUCGCCGCAGAAAUGUCAACAACCACCACCUCCCGAUCCGACACCUUCAGCACCCAAUCAGCUGCCAGCAGGAACCAGUCAGACACCAUCAGGCAAACAGUGCGUCAGUCAGAGUGGAAUGUCAACACCAGUAAGACCAUCUCUUCCAGUGGUUUCUCAGUGGCCAGUGACGCCCACUCUCCAUCCAGGUAACUCACUCAGGACAACCAUUUCAAACAACUCAAGUUUACCUCUGAU